GCUGGCCAGAUUCAGAUUUGUGUUUCUGUUGUAUAUCUAAUGUAUGUAUAGGUAUAGUGUGAGCAAGAUUAAACAUUUUUCAACUAGAAGAAUCAGGAUUUCUUCAUUUGGAUUUUCUGGGCUACCCUUUUUUUCUUUCUGUUGCUGCGUAUUUCCUAAGCAAAAUUUAAUUUUGAUGUGAUCAUAAUCUGCUUUGGAGAUGAUAUAUAACACUUUUGGUGUUUAAACUUUGACUUGAUCAUCUUAUUGUUUCUUGGAGGUUGUGUUAUGGCUAGAUAUGGAUUGAUUAUGUUAGCCCUUACAUUUGUUGUUAUUGAUUCUUUAGCCGGUGCUUCAGUUGUGUUAAAUUUUCGCAAAGCAAUUUCGGAGAGCAACAACUCAUCUUCUGCUGCUAAUAUAACCCAGAAUUCUCCAAUCCCAAUACCUGUUCCGGGUGGGAAGGACUCGAAUACUACUACAGCCAAACACGAAAAAGACAAGGACUCUAAUUCUACUUCAGUCCCAAAUGAAAAAGAGAAGGACUUAAAUUCUACUGCCGUCAAACAAGAAAAAGACAAUGACUUGAAUUCUGCUGCAGCUAAACAUGAAAAAGACAAGGACUCAAACUCUACUGCCACCAUAGAUGAAAAAAAGAAGCCUACUGAUACGAAGGUUACAAAAAAUAACACUAGCAUUAGUAAAUCGGUGCCAGAUAACAAACAAACAAAUACAGGGCAGCAUGGGGGGCAAGAAAAAGGAGGUAGCAGUGUUGACUCCCAACUGGGCUCUGACGCAAGCUGUGCGGGAUCAACUACAAGUUGCAAUAUUCUGAACACUAUGGUUGCGUGCAUUUUGCCCUUAGAUCCAGGGUCGAAGCAGAUAAGCAUCCUUGUCCAAAGUCUAUUAGAGAGGACACUGAAAGUAUAUUUUGCAGGCAGUGCUUUGAGUCCAUUUGAGAUACCCUCACACCGAACUAAGAAGAUGAAUAUCUCACUGGCCGAGGUCAAAGCCAACACAAUAGUGUUACAUGCUGAAAACGGAGAAUGCACUAUACACAUGGCUCCUCCUUCAGGGAAAAACUAUUUCAAGGAGCUCUCCUUUUAUUCCAAGCAAGUGACCCCAAUCUAUGGUGCAUACUUCUCAUUUUUAGUGGUGCUAGUUUGUGGUGGGAUAUGGGCUUGCUGCAAGUUAAAGAAAAGGAGAGGACAAGGAGGUGUUCCGUAUCAGGAGCUUGAAAUGGGCUUACCAGAAUCAGCUCCUGUGAGUGUGAACUCAACAGAAGGUUGGGAUCAGGGCUGGGAUAGUGACUGGGACGAUGAUAAGGCGGCGAUGUCACCUGGGGGAAACCAUGUUGGAAGCAUUUCAGCCAAUGGCCUUACUUCCAGGUCUGCUAAGAAAGAUGGAUGGGAAGUUGACUGGGAAGAUUAGAUGUAAUAUACAUUAGAUGUUGGUUUCUUUCCUUUUUUUGGGGUGGGGGUGGGUUUACUAUUUUUUAUACGUAGUGAGAGAUACAAAUAGGAUACUAGUAAAAUUUGUUGUAAAAUCCCUGAAAAGUACAAUCAAUAUUUGUUAUGUUUUGGCUAUUGUUGUAAUAUACAUUAGAUGUUGGUUUCAUUC